AAGACAUUAAACGCAAGUGAGUAAAGACCAUUUAAAGCUGACAGGUCGCCUAGCCAAGACUAAAUUCGGUGCAGCAAUUUUAGCCACUACAUCUACAUGAAGAAAAAGGAAUCGCUAAAGGAUAUGAGAUUUUAUUAGAAAAUAAAUUGCUUAUCUUCGCCAAUAGUACAGCGUUGUAAAUAGAAGAGGUAUAUUUUUUGGAUUUUUAUUUUAGUCAACAAAAUGGAAGGAUUUGCGCAACCUCCGGUGGGACCGUAUUUUUCUGCUCUAGCAAAUGGUUCGGUAACAGAUAAGGUUACACCCGAUAUGGCCCAUUUAGUGCAUCCCUAUUGGAAUCAAUUUCCACCCAUGGAUCCAAUGUGGAAUAAAAUUCUCAUGUGGUUUAUGAUUCUCAUUGGCAUCAUAUCAUGGUGCGGUAAUGGUGUGGUCAUCUACAUUUUUUCCACAACGAAAUCCCUGCGCACACCCGCCAAUUUGUUGGUUAUAAAUUUGGCUUUAUCCGAUUUUGGUAUUAUGAUCACCAAUACCCCAAUGAUGGGAAUUAAUUUGUUCUAUGAAACCUGGAUAUUGGGUCCACUGAUGUGUGAUAUAUAUGCUGGUCUGGGUUCGGCGUUCGGUUGCAGUUCCAUAUGGUCCAUGUGUAUGAUCUCUUUGGAUCGUUAUAAUGUUAUAGUGCGAGGUAUGGCAGGUCAGCCCAUGACUAUCAAAUAUGCCAUCUUCAAGAUACUGUUUAUUUGGUGUAUGGCGAGCAUUUGGACAUUUGCCCCAGUGCUGGGCUGGAGCAGAUAUGUACCCGAGGGCAAUUUAACAUCAUGCGGCAUUGAUUACUUGGAGCGUGACUGGAAUCCGCGUUCUUAUCUGAUUGCCUAUAGCAUGUUUGUGUAUUAUACACCAUUGUUCCUGAUAUGCUAUUCCUAUUGGUUUAUCAUUGCGGCUGUCUCGGCUCAUGAAAAAGCUAUGCGUGAACAAGCCAAGAAAAUGAAUGUUAAAUCUCUGCGUUCAUCCGAAGAUGCCGAGAAAUCGGCCGAAGGGAAAUUAGCUAAAGUUGCCUUGGUAACCAUUAGCCUGUGGUUUAUGGCCUGGACUCCUUAUUUGGUUAUCAAUACUUUGGGAGUUUGGAAAUAUGAAGGUCUAACCCCUCUGAACACAAUUUGGGGUGCCACCUUCGCCAAGACAGCAGCUUGCUACAAUCCCAUUGUUUAUGGUAUAAGUCAUCCAAAGUAUCGUAUUGCAUUGAAAGAAAAAUGUCCCUGCUGUGUCUUUGGCAAAGUUGAUGAUGGCAAAACCAGUGAAGGUCAAUCUCAAGGCACAGCCAGUGAAGCAGAAUCGAAGGCUUAAAUAACUCGAUUAUCGCGGCAAACUCAAAUGGAAAGGCAAUAAUUAGGGCAAUAUUUAAUACUUAGCGAUUACUGAAAGAUGGAAAAUUCCAACAAAAAAAAAGAUGUGUGUUGUAUAUUGUUAUAGGUGCUAUAUCCGAUAUUAUAUAUAUUUUACGAUUACAUUAUAAACGUGCAAUGUCAUUAAAGACGAAAAAUUACAAAAAAAAAUGAAACAUGAAAUAAUAAAGAACGUGCAUACAUACGUUUAUGUAGUA